GUCAUUUUGUCAUGCAAUAAAAAAAGAUUUCUUAUUUUUAUUCUCUUCAUUCUUACCCAUAUAAAAGGAAUUUCAACCCUCAUUUAAAAACAAUUGUACAUUACUGAAAUCUAUAUAAACCAUCUAUUACCAUUUAAAAAAAUUAAGAUUAUGGAAGCAUGCACUCAUCAAGUACAAUACAAUGGUUUAUGCGCUGUUUGUGGCACACUACUAGAAAGUUCAGAUGAUCGAGGAGGAGGAGGUUUCCUAGGCAAUAGUCAUAUUAAUAUGGGAUACGACACAUUAGGACUCACUGUCAGUCGUGAGGAAGCGGAAAGAUUAGAGGCAGAAAAUGCCAGACGCUUAUUAAAGUGUCAGAAAUUAUCCUUGAUAUUAGAUUUGGAUCAGACAAUUGUACACGCUUCCUGGGAUCAGCGUGUGGGAGAACUUGUUAAGGGAGAAAACACAGACGAUAUACGUGAAUUUCAACUGCCAGAUAAUACCACUUAUUAUAUCAAGCUUAGACCGGGAUUAGAUGAAUUUCUGAAUGAAGUUGAGAAAUUAUAUGAAUUACACAUUUAUACCAUGGGUACCAGAGAUUAUGCGGAGGCAGUAGCCAAAGAAAUUGAUCCAAAGGGCACCAUUUUUAAGGAAAGAAUACUAUCCAGAGAUGAAAGUGGAAGUGUAACCCAAAAAAAGCUUCAAAGGCUAUUUCCAUGCGAUACUUCGAUGGUAGUGGUUUUAGAUGAUCGUUCUGAUGUUUGGAGUUUCUCACCCAAUCUAAUUCGUAUUAAACCAUACGAAUAUUUUGUGGGAAUUGGAGACAUUAAUUGUCCCUUUAAAAAGAUGAUGCCGAAAGUUACACCAGACUCCGCUCUCAUCGUGGCUGGUACAUCAGGAAAUGACGGUGCCCCAUUAUUUAAGGAUGACGACAAUGAAUUGCACACAAUGUUGAAAAUUUUAAAACUGGUUCAUCAUGAUUUUUAUGCCAGAGACCCCCACGAUAAAGAAGCGGAUGUGACACACAUUAUACCAAGACUAAAGAAAGAUGUUUUAAAAGGUGUCAUCAUUGCAUUUUCAGAUGUGAUACCACCCAUGAAAGAUCCAACCUUCUCUUGGAUUUGGCAAAUGGCCACAUCCUUUGGCGCGGUGUGCUCCAUGGAUUUGACCGGAAAGACAACACACCUAAUUGCAGUUAAGUCCGGUAGUAAAGUAAAAGCGGCAAGAGAAUAUGGACAUUCAAUCCACACUGUCACACCUGCCUGGUUACUUGAUAGCACCGCGCGAUGGCAGAUACAAAACGAAGAGAAUUACGCUUUAACCAAUUCGGACGAGAGUGAUACCGAAUCCACACCACUUUUAGAAGAAGAAGAUGAAGAAGAAGAGCAAGAAGUGCUGGUAGAUUGGGAGGAUGCUGAUAGAGAAGUGGAAGAUUUUAUCAAUGAAAGCGGAAUUGAUGAUGUCUGGGAUACAGACUCAGAUACCACCACGGACAGCCCACAAAUGCGCAAAUCGUGGAAGCGAAAGCGAGAAAAGGAGGGCAGUGGCGGAGAGAGUGGCGGAGAUGAUGAUAGCGAUUCGAUCAUCUUGGCAGUGAAAAGACGUGCACGGGUAACGAAAAGAGGCAAGUCUCACCUAUCCAAAGUUACGACGGCGCCUAGUUCACAAUGUACGACAGACGAUGACCUUGGUUCUUUGGAUGAUUUCGUGGAUAUAUUAGAUGAUGCAUUAAAAUAAUAAUAAUAAAAUAGUUAUUUAGGGUGUAGUGUCACAGCGCUAAUAUAUAUUUAGGAAAGAUCUGCACCUUCUUUUAUUGCUUGGGAUAAACUAUAAAAAGUGACAACUUUUUUUUUCUUAAAAAUAAAUUCUGCCUUUC